UUCUUAUAAAUUGAAGAUCCCCUUUCCCAUUCUUCACUCACAAUAUAUUUUCAACUAAACAAACACUCCAACUCUUUCUUUCUUCUCCAAUGGCUCUUUCCCAAGAAAUUGAAUCCUCAUUUCCCUCUCUGACUUUCCAAAUACGAAGAACCCAACCAGAGCUAAUCCCUCCAGCCUCACCCACUCCCCACGAAACCAAACUCCUCUCCCACAUAGACCAACAACCUGGCCUUCGUGCAAAUAUUCCAAUCAUACAAUUCUACCGUAACCAGCCUUCAAUGGCAGGGAAAGAUCCCGUUAAAGUCAUAAGAAACGCAAUUGCACAAGCACUUGUAUUUUACUACCCACUCGCGGGUAGAGUUAAGGAAGCUUCUGGUGGUGAACUUGUGGUGGAUUGUAAUGAAGAAGGAGUGAUGUUUAUUGAAGCUGAUGCUGACGUCACGCUUGAACAAUUUGGUGAAAUUAAACCGCCGUUUCCGUGUUUAGAAGAACUGCUUUAUGAUGCUGCGGUUCCGGAGGGUGUUCUGAAUACUCCCAUCCUACUUAUACAGGUAACACGUUUGAAAUGUGGCGGUUUCAUCUUUGCUCUUCGAUUCAACCACACCAUGGUAGACGGAGUAGGCAUUGUUCAUUUCAUCUUAUCGGUAACAGAAAUAGCCAAAGGUGCAAAACAACCUUCAAUUCUACCCUCAUGGAACAGAGAGCUUCUCCGCGCAAGAGAUCCUCCACGCGUCACAUUCAACCACCGCGAAUACGAACAACUCACAGACAUUCAAACCGACACCGCUUUCACCUCAACAAAAUUCUCCGAACAAUCUUUCUUCUUCGGUUCAAACGAGAUAUCCGCACUACGAAGCUUACUCCCACGCGAUCUGGAAAGCGCGUCAACAACCUUUGAAAUCCUCACAUCAUACAUCUGGCGUUGCCGCACGAGAGCGUUGGGGUUAAAUCCAACCGAAGAGAUCCGAAUGAUGUGCAUCGUGGACGCGCGUGGUAAAUUCGAUCCUCCGAUUCCAAUCGGUUACUACGGAAGCUGUUUCGCUUUCCCAGCGGCGGUUACAAUCGCGGGAGAGCUUAGUGAAAAACCGUUAGAGUUUGCGGUGGAGUUGAUAAAGGAAGCUAGUAGUGAAGUGAGUGAGGAGUAUAUGCAUUCUGUGGCGGAUCUAAUGGUGAGUGAAGGAAGGCCAAUGUUUACUGUGGUGAGGUCGUGUCUUGUGUUGGAUACGACUGAUGGUGGAUUUAGAAACUUGGAUUUUGGUUGGGGGAAAGCGGUGUAUGGUGGAAUUGCGAAACCUGGUGCUGGGAGUUUUCCUUAUGUGCAUUUUCAUGUUCCGGGUCAGAAUGCAAAAGGAGAGGAAGGGAUAUUUGUUUUGAUUUCUUUGCCUACUGAAAUUAUGACAGCUUUUGUUAAAGAGUUGAAUGAGUUGAUUGUUUAAGGACAUGGACAAAUUAAGCCACUUAAUUUAGUUUGAAGUAUUUUAAACCCUAAAUAAAAUUUAAGAUUGGUUUAUUUUAUGAGUAUGUUGUGUGCAAUCAAGAGUUGGUGAAUUCUUAUCUACCCAACUCAAAAAGUUGGGUAAGAUUACCUCCUUUGUAAAAUGUUUUGAAAACAAUAAACAUUUAUAAUAUUUUAAUAAAUAAUUAAAUGUGUUAAAUGAGAUGGAAUCAUGUGAUUGGUUGAAGGUACACUAUCCAAUUUUUUGUGAUGGUAGAGAAGUUGUCCCCUCAAGAGUUUGACUUUGUUUGUUGUAUGAGUUAAUAAAGGGACCUCGAUGUAGUCUUACAAUAAUUAUUACUUUAAAAUUCAUUUAUUAAUAUGUGUUCGUUGUUUGGGAAA